GUGCUCCAGCGAUACAUCCGGCCGGUCCCUAUCAAUCGAUCAGAGAGAGGAAGAUGGCGUUGGAUGGAGUGAGCGGGGUAUGAUCGAUCACCGAAAAACUCGAUUGGGUUCGUUUUUCCCAACUGAGCCAAAAACUCCGUAAGACCGCUUGGACCAGCAGUUUCAAGCCCGAGUGAAGACGAGAUAACAAGGAGAGCUUGUCCUUCAGGACGAUGGAGUUCCCGUGGCACAGUGGGAAAGUUCUGGAGCAGCUUAACCGGCAGCGCAAGCAGGGCCUGCUGUGUGACUGCACCUUUGUCGUGGACGGUGUGGACUUCAAGGCCCACAAGGCUGUGCUGGCUGCCUGCAGCGUGUACUUCCGCACCCUCUUCCUGGACCAGAAGGAUGUGGUACAUCUGGACAUUAGCAAUGCAGCAGGCUUGGGUCAGGUCCUGGAUUUUAUGUACACUGCAAAGCUGACUUUAAAUCUGCAGAAUGUAGAAGACGUGCUGUCAGUAGCUCACUUUUUACAGAUGCAAGAAAUCGUGAAUGCGUGUUCUGCGUACCAGUCGUUGUCAAAUCCAGCCCCGUCCGUCAUAACACUGGAUUUUGCUGUUGAUGAAAAAACAGGUGAAGGAGAGCAGAAAGAGGAAACUGACAGUCAGCUGUCAGAUUUGGCAUCACAAGCCGAGGAGUGCCCUCGUAGCAUUCCCACAGAGGAUAAAGAGACCAUUCAAAGUCAGGACAUUUUAGAGGAAGAGCUUUCUGCCAAAACACAGAAGCCUGUUUCUCAGCCGAAACCCACUAGAACCCACACAGGCCGCGGACGACCACCAAAAACGUCCCACCUUCUGACUCAAAAGAAGACGUCUGUCAAGAACAAGGAAGAAAGUGGCGCAUUAGACGCACCCGCCUUCCAGGACGACACCGCUGAUGCCGACUACAUACUGAAAUCACCGUUAAAAUCUGCUGGCAGUUCGCCUUAUAUGAGCUCCCGCGGGAGGAGAAUCAGAAAACCACCUCGACGAAACUUCCCACCUGACAAUGACUCAGAGGAUGAAGCCCCAUCACAGGCAAAAACUGAUAAUAAGGUGGCAGAGCCAGCAGGGGUGGCUGAAGGGCAGGAAGAACACUCUUUGGAGACCGGCGAUGUGGAGGCUGAUGAUAAUGAUGAUAACGAGGAUGGAGAGGAGGAUGACGAGAUAAGUCAGCAAAUGGAAGGAGACAGCCCAAGCAGCGAGAGAGACGGAAGACAAGCUCAGUCAGCGUGCAUGAGCAGCCGAUCUGAAUCAAAGCCUUACAGCUCCGUGACACACAAAUGUGAGGACUGCGGGAAGAAAUUCACCCACACGGGCAAUUUCAAGAGGCACAUGCGUAUUCACACUGGAGAGAAGCCCUUCAGCUGCCGGGACUGCAACAAGGCUUUCUCUGACCCCGCAGCUUGUAAAGCCCAUGAGAAAACACACAGCCCCCUGAAGCCGUACUGCUGCUCUACUUGCGGAAAGAGCUACCGUCAGAUCAGUCUGCUCAACCUGCAUCGCAAACGUCACACAGGGGAAGCGCGGUACAGCUGUGAAGUUUGUGGCAAGCUUUUCACCACUUCGGGCAAUCUGAAGCGCCACCAGCUGGUGCACAGCGGCGAGAAGCCAUACCACUGCGACUACUGCGAGAAGGCUUUCUCUGACCCCACGGCCAAGAUGCGACAUCUGGAGACACACGACACAGAGAAGGGCAACAAGUGUCCACACUGCGACAAACGCUUCAACCAGGUACCCUUGGAAAGGUUUGGCUUUUCUGUGGACAAAUAUGGUCCUCUUCCUGAGGCCCGUGAGUCUUAUGAGUCUGGACAGAAGCCUCUGAUGAUGUGCCUGAAAUGUGCUGCUAAUACCUGCUUUUUAGGGAAUCUGAAGAGGCACCUGCGGGUUCACAGCGGGGAGAAACCGUACGUCUGCGGGCACUGCCAGAGAGCUUUCAGUGAUCCCGGAGCUCUGCAGCGGCAUGAGCGCAUCCAUACAGGAGAGAAGCCCUGUGUCUGUAUUAUCUGUGGUAAAGCUUUCACUCAGGCCAGCUCCCUCAUCGCUCAUGUCCGCCAGCACACGGGAGAGAAGCCCUACGUCUGCGAUCGCUGUGGUAAAAGGUUUGUGCAGUCUAGUCAACUGGCCAAUCACAUUCGCCAUCACGACAACGUCCGCCCGCACAAGUGUCAGAUGUGCAACAAGGCAUUUGUUAAUGUGGGAGACCUGUCGAAGCACAUCAUCAUUCACACAGGAGAGAAGCCGUUCCUGUGCGAUAAAUGUGGUCGGGGGUUCAAUCGCGUGGACAAUCUGCGCUCUCACGUCAAGACUGUGCACCAAGGCAAGGCCGGCAUGAAGCGGCUGGUGGUGUCAGAGGGAAGCUCAGACGAGUUGGGUGAUGGAGGAGCGGGGCCAUGCACCUCUGACAGCGAGAUCAACAUCGUCACUGUCACCACGGAGGACAUCGUCACACUGGCGACAGAGGCCCUGGCGGCCAGUUCUGUUGCUCAGCUGACAGUAGUUCCAGUGGCUGCUUCGGUUUCUGCAGAUGAGACUGAAGCUCUGAAAGCUGAAAUCACCAAAGCCGUGGAGAAAGUGCAAGAAGCAGAUCCCAACACGCAGAUUUUGUACGCUUGCGAUUCGUGUGGCGAUAAAUUCUUGGAUGCCAGCUCCUUAGCUCAGCACGUACGCAUCCACACAGCUCAAGCCCUGGUCAUGUUUCAGGCAGAUUCCGACUUCUACCAGUACACCGCAGCCACCACUGCCGAGGGGGAUUCCACUGCAACAUGGCAACCCACACCCGAACAGGUCAUCCACGAAGGAGAGCUAAUCUUCCGUGCUCAGGUUGGAGAGGGAGAAACAGAGGACGGGAUGAUUGGAGAGGAGCAAGAACAAGAAGAAUCAGAACAGGAAGUUCAGGAGAAGGUGGAGGAUGGACAGGUGGAGACCACCACUGAGAUCAAAACAUAUGAAAAAGAUGUAGAGGAGGACAAGGAGCAGGAGAUGGAGUGUGAGAGGCAGUCGUAGUGGGACAGAUUUGUUAAAAGUGUGUGUCAUUUUGCUUGUAAAUGAAAUGAGAUUUAUACUGUAUAAGGAGAAGUAAGAAAUGAAGUGUGUUUAUGAGUUUUGUUAAAUAUGAACUGGAUUCAUAACAGACACUGUUCCUGAAAAAAAAUUCUUUCCAGAUUUGUGAUCAGUAAUCAUGUCCUGUUUUCAGCAAACAAGGUGAGAUCUAGUAGUUUUUGUAAACGUUGAGAGGCGGUUAUGCUACUUUGUGUAGUUUAUUUUUAGACUUCAGUGUAGGACUGUGCUUCGUCCAUUAUAUAAAACAUUUUAAAGUCUGUCUUACCCAGUAUA